GCGCGCAGCAGAUUUCUCCACCGCCUGGAUUACUGAUUCCUCUCCCCGAUCAAACCUGCUCUCUCAAUGACGUUUGGCUCUUCUUCGUGAUUUCUUCGCCAUGAGCUGCCUGGAUGUGAUGUACCAAGUGUUUGGUCCUCAGCCUUAUUUCAGCUCGUACAGCCCCUAUCACCACCAGAAGCUGGCCUUGUAUUCUAAAAUGCAAGACCCCCAGGAGAGCGGCAGUCGGCUCGGCCCACUGGGGCCCCCGGCGAUAAAAGAGGAAGACAAGGAGCUUCCACCUGGCGCUGAGUACCUGAGCUCACGCUGCGUCCUCUUCACUUACUUCCAGGGUGACAUCAGCACCGUGGUGGACGAACACUUUAGCCGAGCCCUCAGCCAGACGACCGCCUACCCGGCGUCUAGCAGCCACAAAGCCGUAAGAGAUGGAUCAUUUCCAAUGAGCCAGAGAAGUUUUCCUCCAUCCUUCUGGAACAGCUCCUACCAGGCAUCGGUCUCCUCCACACUGGGCAGCGCGCUGUCUUCUCCCCACACAGAGCUUUCCUUUCCAGGGGACCCCUACUCCUCCGCCUCCCUGCACAGCCACCUCCACCAGCCCAGCCCUGACACCUGGCACCCAUCACACCACCACCAUCAUCACCACCAUCACCCUUACUCGCUAGGGGGCGCUAUAAACACCCAGAGCUCAGCCUAUCCACGUCCAGGGGUUCACGAGAUGUAUGGCACAGCGUUCGACCCGCGCUAUGGCUCACUGCUGGUGCCAUCAGUGAGGUCGCACCAUCGCCUGACGUCUGGCAGCUCGGUGCCGGGCCCCAGUGCCUCGCCCUGUGACCUCGGGGGGAAGGGGGAGUCUGGGACGGGGUCGACCUGGAGUGGAGCAUUCACAGGAGCGGGAGCAGAGAUAGGACUCAACAUGGACUCAGGUCUGCAAGCACAGGAUAAGAGCAAGGAUUUGUAUUGGUUUUAGAGACCGCUGAGUCCCCCCCCCCCCCCUACCUCUCUUCUACUUCAGCUGUAGCCUCUAUCAUCUGCUCCUGCUGUACUCUGUGAGAAACUGAGAGGAAAUAGAAAAUCAGUGAGGUGGCAGUUUCUUUCUCUCUUUCUUUCCUUCUUUUUUGCUGUAACAGCUUCUGGUCUACUUGCAGCUCUGUGUUACGGUGGACUUUGCAGCAGCAGCAGCAGUACAGUCCUGCUGAGCUGAACGCCGACAGUGUGGAUACAAAUCGAGAGUGAAAACAAAAGUGGACUAGCAGAGAGGAGGGAGGGAAUCCGAUCUGGACGGAUAUGGACAAAGACAAGACUCUUUGUGUUUCUGUAACAGGCAGGGACAACAUUCCUAAACUGGAAAAAGUCUGAGGACAGAUGGACAGAGACACAUGUGAGGCCGGACUGCAAAGACGAGCACUUGAAGGACUUGGCAGGACUUGCCUCGCUGGGGCAACUGGGCUCAGACACUGGGAGUGUGUUAUGGCUGGAGAAAAAGGCUGUGUUGGUGUUGAGGAGGCCGCACAGAGAAUCUGGCAGACGAUUAAGGCAGAAGUCCAGACACUUUGGUUUACAUGGAGUCAUGUUCCAGCCGGACAUCCCAACACAUUACUGAUUAAAUGAACAGUUUUGUUGGAUUUUAACUGACUGUUGAAGGUAUUUAAAUCAUGAUCUCAACUACAAAUCUUACCUGUGUCUUUAUUUUGUGCUACAUACUCCCAGGUUUCCAAAGAUUAUUUUACAUAAGAGUUUUAACAUUAGGCAUGCUCAUACCAAGUCCUCUUUUUUUCUGUGUAAGUUGAUAUAAACUAUUGUUGUACAAGAAAUGGAGGACAGCUUUAAAAAGAUUAUGGGAAGCAAACAUACUGUGGAAAAUACUUGAUUCCCUGAAAUGAAAAGGAUAAUCUAUAGACACAGUGAAAUCUUUGCCAUGUCACAACUAGUGUAAAGUUCCCACUGUCGACUACUUUGUAUUACACACAUUUACAUGUCACUGAGCCGUAAGUGUUGAUUUCAUAAUUCAGCCACCGGCUACACUGCAAACUGUGUUUGAUUCAAAAAUAUAAAUAAAUAAAUGAGUAAAAUAAGGACAGCUUCCUCAUCAAGGUUUGGUUCCUGAACGAUUAAAUGGCUGAUUGAUUGAUCUGUGCUAAUUAAACUGUAUCACUUGCUGCUUUUCUGUUUAUGUUUAUAUUAAACAUGUAAAGUUUAGGAACUGGCCCCUUUUCAUAAGUUUUCUGUGGAUGUUAAAAUCCUAUUUUAAAGGUAGAUUAUUUAGGACAGGGAUGGGCAACACCGGUCCUUGAGGGACAUAGUUUUGCACGUUUUAGAUGUUUCCAAAUGAAAUGGCUCUCUUCAACAGCUUGUGGUAAAGUUUUGCCCAAAAAUGUUGACCCAUUAAUCUGAUUCAGGCGAGCUGCUGCAGGAAACAUCCUAAACCUGCCCGACUGUGGCCCUUAAGGACUGAGUUUGCCCAUCCCUGACUUAGGAUAUUCUAAAAAAAACUCUUGUAAAAGCAAUUCUUCUCCAUCAUAUUUUAUGAUCCACUAAAAGUGUGUGUUGGUGUAUUUCCCUGCAAAGACAAUGCCCAUUUUUCUGAUUUUUCUGGGUGUGGGAUGGUUUUACACAGUAGUACUUCUACAAUAGGUCUGUAAACACCAGCUAGCAACAUCACACAGGUUGAAGACUUUGUGAUAUGAUGAUCAGUUCGUAUAUGGUCUGGAAAUGUUUGUUCUUCAUCUGAUCUUUCCACAUUCUUUUUAAAGGUGCACAUUUGUUUAGCCACAUAUCCGCUGUG